UUUGGGCCGUGGAGAUAAACUGUCACGUCGAAUCGUGUUUACAUGCUCGUUUGAUCUCUCUGUUACGAGUCAAGGAAUUCUUCAGAUUUCACGAAACCGUCAACAGGACACUGCUUCAUGAAGGAAUAAACAAAUGAAAGCUGUCUUCCAAGACCAAGAGGGAUGUCUCUUAGAUGGGUUCCAGAUUCUUGUGUGCUCAAAGUUCGAUGUCCGACCAGACCUUAGCCACAAAGUUGGCUAUCUCAGCUGGAAGUAUACCCACAGCCCGAAGAGUAGAAGUCGCAAUAAGCUAUGGCUCUGCAGAGCUAGCCAGUUGAGACACAGGCUUGGACUCCACACCAGCGCCUACUACUUAAAUGCCUCCACCUCGCGCUGGUCCACUGGUCUCAGCCACACCAUGUCGCGCUUCAGGAGCACCCUGGACUCAGUCUCCAAGGCGGUGAGCGGGUCACACACAGAGCUCCUCUCCAAGAUAGCACGGCUCAAAUCCAAAUCCAAACCCAAACAGAAUGCCAUUGAGUCAGGGAAAGUGGUGGAAGCCAGCCCGGAGAUGGGCCUAACACCCCAGGGUCAGGGUACUGCAGCGUACCCUUCCCUAGCUCCAGCCCCAGCCUAUACCUCCGCUAACACCACUGCUAAUUCUACUACACCUUCUCCAAUCGCUGCCUCAGUGUCUGCCCGUAGUCCUCCACCUACUACAGCCACUACUUCUAUACCCACACCUACUCCAUCUCCUACAUUUACACCUACUCCAUCUCCUACAUUUACACCUACUCCAUCUCCUACAUUUACACCUACUCCAUCUCCUACAUUUACACCUACUCCAUCUCCUACACCCACACCUACUCCAUCUCCUACACCUGGCCCUACUCCUGGCAUUACCACCAGCGCCCCUCCUAUUGCUCCCCCUCGCUCCAACAUUGCCAGGGCAAAUGCUGCUGUCUCAGGCCCCAGUGUCCAGGAAGUCAGACAGAGGAGGGUGCAGCGUGCAGCCACAGCAUCCACUGUCCCAACCACUGUGGCCAUUAACGGGACCACCAAAAGGGUGAAGCAGGUCAAAUCACCACCACCACCAGAGAGUAGUGCACCUGAGAGAGCCAACACCACGGUCUCCAAACAGACAGCAACACAACUCUUCCAUCCCAGCUCCUUCUCUGUUAACCUGGAUGAGACGUACAACUACCUGUCCCACCACGUCAACUCCUACUUCAGCAGCAUAACAAAUGCUGAUGAGAAGAAAGCACAGAACACAGACCAUGGUUCCACUGACCUCCUGCCGAUGUCGGACAAAACGGCCCCAGGGUCUGCUACUGCUGCUACACCCUUAAGUGUCCCAUCUUCUAAAAAGGGUAUCGGCCAUUACCUGUCCUACUCUGGUGACACGGUACAGGCCUUUGUAGGGAGCUACAUUGCUCCCCUGGUCCCCAGGUUUAGUAGGGCAGCUGCUGAACCCAAGAGUGCUGCUGUAGAGCAAGAGAGGCUGAAGGCAGAAGAGGCAGGGGCAAAGCCAUGGCAAGGAGAGGUGGCGGUAAAUAUGGAACAGAAGGCGGCAGAGGAGAGAGCCAAGAGACUGCUGCUCCAAAGAGAGAAGAUCAUAGCUAGGGUGAGUGUAGACAACCGGACGCGGGCCUUGGUCAAGGCGUUACACAGAGCGUCUGAUGUCAGGGUCUACAUCAACAGAGUGGAGGAGCUCAGCUAUCAUCUACUGGAGUUUCCAGAGACCCGCGGGGUGGCCGUCAAGGAGAAGGCGAUCCCGUGCCUACUGCGUCUCCGCCAGGCUGAGGACCCGUCUCUGAAGGCAGCAGUCAUGGAGGCCCUCACUCUGGUGGGAUACACCAACCCUGUCAAGGGCCAGGGCAUCAGGGUCCUGUCCAUCGACGGAGGGGGAACCAGGGGACUGAUUGCCCUUCAGACUCUGCAGAAACUGGAAGCCCUGACAGGCAAACCCAUCUACCAACUGUUUGACUACAUCUGUGGUGUUAGCACAGGUGCCAUCCUGGGGUUCAUGCUGGGUGUAUUCCAGAUCCCUCUAAAUGAGUGUGAGGUGCUCUACAGGAAGCUGGGUUCUGACGUCUUCAAGCAGAACGUCAUCGUGGGAACCGUCAAGAUGGGCUGGAGCCACGCCUUCUAUGACUCCGAGACCUGGGAGAACAUCCUCAAAGAGAAAAUGGGCUCUGAUCUGAUGGUGGAAACAUCAAGAAACCCCAAAUGCCCAAAGGUGGCAGCGGUGAGCACCAUUGUGAACAGGGGCACUCCUCUGAAGGCCUAUGUGUUCAGAAACUAUAACCUGCAGCCAGGGGUGCGCUCCCACUACCUGGGGGGCUGUGAACACAAGCUGUGGCAGGCCGUCAGAGCAUCCUCCGCUGCCCCAGGGUACUUCCAGGAGUUUGCCCUGGGACACGACCUUCACCAGGACGGAGGUCUCCUCAUCAACAACCCCACAGCAUUGGCUAUCCAUGAGUGCAAAUGCCUGUGGCCCAAUACGCCUGUCCAGUGUGUGGUGUCACUGGGUACGGGCCGCGUGGAGACUGCUGGCAAGAACAACACCACCUACACCAGCCUCAAGACCAAGCUAACCAACGUCAUCAGCUCUGCCACCGACACAGAGGAAGUCCACAUCAUGCUGGAUGCCCUCCUUCCCCCUGACUCGUACUUCCGCUUCAACCCCUAUAUGAACGAGGACAUUGCCCUGGACGAGAGCCGUGGUGAGAAGCUGAACCUGCUGCAGGCCGAGGGGCUCCGCUACCUGGACAGGAACCAGGAGAAGCUGCAGAAAGCUGCCCGAAUACUCACCAGGGACAAGACUGCCGUCCAGAGGCUGGCAGAGUGGGCCAAGCUCAAACAUGACAUGUACGAUGGUAUUCCCAUCUUCAACUCCAAGCUGUAGGGGAGUAGGUCCCAGGCUCCACCACCACCACACAUCAUGAAACUACCUUCAACUAAAUCUGGACUCUCCUAACACUGAAUACAUACAUAGAACAAUAGAAUGUAUAGAAUGCAUACAUUAGCCACUGUGGUUAUAGUCAGUGUAUUUUAGAUCGGUAGAAUACGUUUACUGUCGUGUGGAGUUAUAAUUCCUGCAGGGAUCACAUCGGAAACACACUAUAUAUGCAUGUAUGCACUCCGUCUACUGUUAUGGAAGUAGCUUUGGAUAAAAGUAUAAUGUAUUAUAUAAUAUACUGUAACUUACCCUCAACACUGCCCUCCUACUCACUCCAGCCCAUAGACUUGUCAGCAGCAUUGCUGUUUUUAUACUGCACCCACUUGACAGUGACUGUGUACCUGGAUGCUGCCUUCUGGCAGCACUUGACUUGGGAGGACGGACUCUUUGUUUUAUUGGAAGAAAUGACAGGUGUUCUGUAGAGAGCGAGAGAGCUGUCUGAAUGGUGAAGCACGGUACCGUCUGUCAACAUCACCGACAUCAUUUUGCUUAUUAUGAUACUCUGUAAGCCAGAGUAGAUAACUUACCAAUACCCCGCUAAGAUAUCUAUGUAGUGCACUACUCCCCAUAGGACUCUGGUCAAAAGUAGUGCACUAUAUAGGGAAUAGGGUGCUAUCACAGCCAGUAUAUCCUGACACUAUUCAUUUAUAUGAGAAUAUCUGGGAUACAUUUUGGAUUUAAAUAGUUUUCAGUUUGUUGUUUUUACUUUGGUGGCAGAUUGGGUUCAAGUUAAUCAAUAACUUCAUUUUAAGGACCGUAAACAAACGUAAAAAUGUUGGGGGGGGGGGAAAUCACUAUCUUGUCAUGUCCAACGGUUGGAUAUCAAGGUUUUACUUGAACGUACGCCUCAGAGAAAGAAUAAUGGCUGGUCAUUUGACAUUUCUGUUUCUUGCACUUUUUAACACCAAUGCAGCUAGUGGUCCUUCAUUUGAUUGUUUUAUUGUUGAUGCUGAUAUUGGUACAUACAUGAGGGUGCAACUUCUGGACAUGUGCUGUAUAAAUCAUUUUAUUAAAAAUUGUAUUUAGCCACUGACCUGGCUAGCUCGCACAUACAGCUGCUUUAAAUCACAGAGUAGAGUUCUAAUCAGGAUGUAUAAUUUAUGUAGCCUAUAAGCUGCUAAAUGUUCACUCUGUGUGAUUUUAAGAAUUAUAUUAUAUAAAAUUAAGAUUUUAAGUGUUAUAGAACAAUGACUUGACAAUGUGUAUUACUAUUUUGAAAUCGUAGAUAUAGUUUGAAAUGCAUUAAGAUGUAAAACGCUCCUGAAUGAAGUCUGAAUUUAGAAUUGAAUCCAUGCUGUUUUAUUUUAUUUUUGCUCAGUCAUUUAAAUGCUUCGAUAAUUUAUUUGCGUGAGCGAUGUUGAUGUUAUGGAUCCACUAAUAACAUGUUAUAAGCUCUUUCACCAUCUCCAAUCUGCCGUUUCCAGACCUGGGCUCAAGUACUAUUUAAAAUAAUUUAAUACACUUAGAUUUAACGGGAUCUUAAACACUUACUAAUUCGGGACAUAUUUUAAGAAUUGGAAGUCUGUUACAUAUCAUACGAAAUGGAUGAUGUACACAAUUGUGCAUACAUUUCGGGGACCCGUUUUCUCGUGAGCGCUACUUUCAAAACUGCUGGCUGAAAUUAUACAAAACCUUUUAUAACGCAUCUUUAAGCCGUGCUUGAUUCAGCUUGCCUGGCACAAUGAAACCAAUAGAAUAGUCCCAAAAUGGCAAACUCUGCCCACCCGCACUCCAGGCAGGCUAAAGCAAAUGCUCAAAGUAUUUGAAAGAUUUCCAAUAGUAUUUAAACCCAGGUAUGUUUUCCAAUGUCUCUCUUAUCUCCAUCCUAGUAACCCUGAAGUGCUGUUUUCCCUGUGUUAUGCAACCCUCUGCCAUGUUGUGGCUGUUUUCCCUGUGUUAUGCUAUCCUCUGCCAUGUUGUGGCUGUUUUCCCUGUGUUAUGCUAUCCUCUGCCAUGUUGUGGCUGUUUUCCCUGUGUUAUGCUAUCCUCUGCCAUGUUGUGGCUGUUUUCCCUGUGUUAUGCUAUCCUCUGCCAUGUUGUGGCUGUUUUCCCUGUGUUAUGCUAUCCUCUGCCAUGUUGUGGCUGUUUUCCCUGUGUUAUGCUAUCCUCUGCCAUGUUGUGGCUGUUUUCCCUGUGUUAUGCUAUCCUCUGCCAUGUUGUGGCUGUUUUCCCUGUGUUAUGCUAUCCUCUGCCAUGUUGUGGCUGUUUUCCCUGUGUUAUGCAACCCUCUGCCAUGUUGUGGCUGUUUGCCCUGUGUUAUGCUAUCCUCUGCCAUGUUGUGGCUGUUUUCCCUGUGUUAUGCUAUCCUCUGCCAUGUUGUAGCUGUUUUCCCUGUGUUAUGCUAUCCUCUGCCAUGUUGUGGCUGUUUUCCCUGUGUAUGCUAUCCUCUGCCAUGUUGUGGCUGUUUUCCCUGUGUUAUGCUAUCCUCUGCCAUGUUGUGGCUGUUUUCCCUGUGUUAUGCAACCCUCUGCCAUGUUGUGGCUGUUUUCCCUGUGUUAUGCUAUCCUCUGCCAUGUUGUGGCUGUUUGCCCUGUGUUAUGCUAUCCUCUGCCAUGUUGUGGCUGUUUUCCCUGUGUUAUGCAACCCUCUGCCAUGUUGUGGCUGUUUUCCCUGUGUUAUGCUAUCCUCUGCCAUGUUGUGGCUGUUUUCCCUGUGUUAUGCAACCCUCUGCCAUGUUGUGGCUGUUUUCCCUGUGUUAUGCUAUCCUCUGCCAUGUUGUGGCUGUUUGCCCUGUGUUAUGCUAUCCUCUGCCAUGUUGUGGCUGUUUGCCCUGUGUUAUGCUAUCCUCUGCCAUGUUGUGGCUGUUUUCCCUGUGUUAUGCUAUCCUCUGCCAUGUUGUGGCUGUUUGCCCUGUGUUAUGCUAUCCUCUGCCAUGUUGUGGCGUUAUACUGCUAGUUUGAAUCAUGCUGGUGUAGCAGAGGGACUGUGUUCGAUUAUAGGCUGCUGCUUACUGCACUGCUGCUGUUGCUCAGCCACUGUUACAUUAGUGAUGUGGCUGGCGAAUGAUGAUGACAUAGCUUAAAGAUCUUACACAGCGUAGACUAAUUUCAACUGUCCGUAUUCAUCAAGCAUCUCAGAGUGGGAGUGCUGAAGUCCUCUCUAUCCAUAUAAUCUAAUUAAUUAUGAUCAAAAAGGCAAAGCUGAUCCUAGAUCAGUAGUCUAUACUACUGAGACGUGAUAAAUAGGAUCUCAGGUUGCUGACUGUGUAGUCAGGAUGAUGAUGAUGAUGAUGAUGAUGAUAAUGUCUUCAUCACUCCUGAGGGACCGAAGGCAAGAUGGACAUAGAUAUUGACUUUAAUUCUACCAUUCUCCUAUUGAUCUGAUUGUAAGGACUGUGUGUGUGUGUGUGUGUGUGUGUGUGUGUGUGUGUGUGAGCAUGUAUAUUGUGUAAUUAAAAUGCAUCACUGAA